GACGACAUAAAGUGGUAUAUGAUUUCUCAUUCAGCAGUAUUGUAUUCUAAGUGAAACAUCUAUCAAAUUUUGACUUCCUUUCUUUUCAUUCAAUGUUAUGCUAUUAUUUUGGGUUAAUUAAAAAGGUAUACAUUUGGGAUUUUUUUUCUUUUCUUUUAUUGGGAAUGGUAACUGGAAGUGGAAACUUUGGCUUAAGUAGUCCACUUAAUGUUUACCAAUCCUCCAUGCUUUUGUGUUCAGAAUCUAUCCCUUCUAUUCAUCCUUCAGUUUAAUUUGUAUGCGGUCUUGAUUACAGUGUUUCACGCAUUAUUUCCUUGUGCAUCUUAUGCCAGGUGUUGUUGCAAUGUCAUGGUGUUCCUAUGACAGUUCCUAUCUUCUUACAUGUGCUAAAGAUAACCGCACUAUUUGCUGGGACAUGACCACUGCAGAGAUUGUUUCUGAAUUGCCAGCUGGAACCAACUGGAAUUUUGACAUACACUGGUACCCAAGAAUACCCGGGGUCAUAUCAGCAUCUUCAUUUGAUGGAAAAAUUGGCAUUUACAAUGUUGAG